UAUAAGUUUUAUUUGUCCUUGAAAAUUAAACUUCCAAAGCUUGAAGGCAAUCAUUUAAAGACAUUUUCCUCAUUAUAAGGAAUUACCUUCUCUCAUGGUGAAACCUGGAAAACUAUGAGAAGAUUCAGCUUGACCACCUUACGGAAUUUUGGAAUGGGCAAGGGGGUCAUUGAAGACAGAAUUAUAGAGGAAUGCCAGCAUCUCAUACAGAACUUUGAGUUUCACAAAGGAAAACCCUUUGAGAUCAAAACAAUAAUGAACGCUUCUGUUGCAAACAUCAUUGUGUCAGUGCUGCUUGGGAAAAGGUUUGACUACCACGAUGCCCAGUUUCUGAGACUCUUAACCUUGACUGGUGAAAAUGUGAAACUCAUUGGAGGUCCUAGAAUUGCGCUUUACAAUAUGUUUCCUGUUUUGGGGUUUCUCCUAAAAAGUCCUAAGACAGUACUCAGGAAUACAGACGAAUUAUUUUCUUUUAUAAGAAUGACCUUCCUAAAUCACCGUCAUACACUUGACAAAAAUGAUCCAAGAAGUUUCAUUGAUGCUUUUUUGGUCAGACAGCAGGAGGAGAAAGAUACAUCUACUGACUAUUUCAGUGAUGAAAAUUUGGUAGCACUUGUUAGUAACCUGUUUGUGGCAGGUACAGAGACCACGGCCUCCACAUUGCGCUGGGGAAUCCUGCUCAUGAUGCGCUAUCCUGAGGUCCAGAAAAAGGUCUAUGAUGAGAUCACCAAAGUUGUGGGAUUGGCCCAGCCUCGAAUUGCACACCGCACUCAAAUGCCAUACACAGAUGCUGUCAUUCACGAAGUACAGAGAUUUGCUAACAUUCUGCCCACAGGGUUACCCCGGGCAACCACCACGGACAUUAUAUUUAAAAAUUACUAUAUUCCAAAGGGGACUGAGGUCAUCAUCUUGUUGACCUCGGUACUUCGGGACCAAACCCAGUGGGAAAAACCCGACAUUUUUAAUCCUGAGCAUUUUCUCAACUCUAAGGGAAAGUUUAUCAAGAAAGCAGCUUUCAUGCCCUUUUCAGCAGGUCGCCGGAUGUGUGCUGGUGAGUCACUGGCCAAGAUGGAGCUUUUCCUUUUCUUCACCAGCCUCCUGCAAAAGUUCACCUUCCGGCCACCCCCUGGAGUCUGCCAUCUGGACCUGGACCUGACCCCAGACAUUGGCUUUACCACUCGACCAAUGCCCCACCAGAUAUGCGCUGUGCUCCGGGCCUAGACUCUGUGUGUGCACUGUAGCUCCAGUUCUCCAUAUUACCUGUGGUCCUUAGCCCAGGUUUCCCCUUCCUGCAUUUUACCAGGCACAAUACUCUUCCAAGAACUUCGGGAUUAUUUAAGUAAUUAAUCACACAUUCACAGAGUUCUCAUGUCCCAUCGGACUGAGUCUCCUGUGUUCACUGCUGUAGUAGAAACCUCCCUACUGCCAUCCUACAAGGCAAAAACACAUAAUCAUUUGACAAGUAGAACCUUCACUUAGUGCUCUAAGGUUUUGUCCUUCAAACACGAAACUGUUGUGAUUCUCCAAGGCGUAUAAGACAUCUAAGUAUCACCAGUGAAUAGUUCUAAUUGGUGUGGUGUUUUGGGGGAGGAUGUACUAUAUAACACUCUGUCCUGGGAUCAGGUAUAUUAUCAAAAUUACAAUGAGAAAAAAAAAAAACUGGCAUGAAGAAAAUUUGACUCUUAAGUGAAGCUCACACUAAACAUAAGACAUUAGUUUCAUUCUGUGAAAAACCAAAAAAAUAGUGGUUAAUAUCAGACAACUGGUUGGGAGUGAAGCCAGUUGGCUGAGAUCAGAAAGUGUUCACUCCUGCUCCGAGCCUGACUGGAACUUGAAGACCCCACAUCUCUGUGUUCAGCGCUCUGGAGUCCCAGCGAAGGCACGUGCAGGGGACUCUAGCAGUACAAAAAUCAUUAUCAGUUCCCCUGAGACAGAAAGCAUCUUUAGCUUUUAUGAAGUCAAAUGUGCAUCCCCAUCAUCAAUAUAAAUGCGUCUCCCUGGCUCUUACCUAAUUUCUGUCAAAGAAAAACUUGUGCAGGAUAAACAGUCAAGGAAGAUUGCAUUUAAGGCCAUUGUAAUAUGCGAGACAGGCCAGAACUCAGUGUAACUCAAAUCUGCUGAAAGGUUUUUUUUUUUUUUU